GUUGAAGCGAGUCUCUAGCCUAGGCACCAAUGGGAAGCCUAAUUUGCCAAGCCUCGGUAUAAAGCCAGCCCCUGUUGACGUCUUUGCAGCAACACAAAGCAACUCAUCUGUUUGAUCUAGUCUUUCCAUACAACCACAGCCAUGGCCUCUUUUAGUUCUGCGCCACCCUCCGAUCACCUCGCCUGCCAUCUUGCGAAGCUUUCAACAGAACUGAUUCUUCAGAUAAUCGAUUUUGUUUCGCCAGCAUCGCAUCUCGACUUUGCCUGUACCUGCAAACAGAUUGCAACAUGCUGCUCAGGCGCCCUGCAGCGCCACAAAGACGCUUACGAGAAAUACAAUACAGCUUCAGAUCUUGAUCCCGCCACAGUCCCAACACUGCUUCGUAGUGCUUUGUCACUAGACGAUCCAAUUCCAGCAUGGCAUGUGCGUUCAUUCGAGCUCUGGCACGAUCGAAGGAGCUGGAAUGAGUGGAAGACACUCAAAUUUGAGGUACCACUCCAUGAAGACACAGAGAGUGAGCCCUUGUCUUGGAAGUUUCGAGUUGGAGAAAUCGGAGAAUAUCUGGAGUGCCUUGACGGCCGUUUGGGUGAAGAUGAGCUCGAGGCUGCUCAUGAUCAGAUCGAAAGUGGCUGUGAUGGCAUCUUGAAGAUGCUGUUGUUUGAAAAUUGCCCAAGACUUCGCGAUUUGAAGACCGUGGAUCGACUCCGCGAUGAGUUCUCGUUCCUCGAAUGGUUCAAGAAGCUCACUUCACGGCGGAUCGGUGAAGAAGAUCUGCCGCUAAAACUUACCGGGUUACAGAAUGCGGCAAUUGCAAUUCCCUCUGGAACAUGGAUGGACACUUACAUUGACGUGCCCUCGACUCAUGUAUUUGUGUGCCUCCUCCGUCUUCCCAACAUCGAAACAAUCUACUUCAAAGAUCUGCGCCAUACCCUCAGCUGGGGAGGCGGAGAUGUCGAUUACACAUUCUACCUACCCGCUGGCUGUUCCUCCGCCAAGCACAUCUUUCUAGACAAUUGUGAUGGCGAUCACUUCCCGUAUACCUUGAAAGAUUCCUUACCUAAAGCAUUCCGUGGGCUAAUUACUAUGGCUUUUCGCUCUGGCGACGCACACCUUGAACACGCUGACGACCUUGUUCGCUGCUUCGCUCAUAACCAGUCCUCAACCCUCCAAAGUCUCAUGUUUUAUGACUAUGGCUGCGAUAAUCGUGACACUAUCCACGGCUACCGUUGUAGCGCCUUCAGACCCGAAGAACUUGAGCGCUUUAGAGGCCUACGCCAAGUCUCCAUAGAUGUCCAGGAUAUGGAGCUCGACGCGCUCUACAACGCAAAAAAUUUACUCGAAAAACGUGAAAUCGAGUACGACCCCGGGGAAUAUGAUUAUGCUCCUGGGAAAGACAUGUAUGUCAAGUUCUUCGCCCAGACGUUCCCGGUGAGCAUGCAGGUUCUGGUUCUCUGGGAAAGGCCGGGUACUGGGCACGUCCAUCUUGGAGACGACGUUCUGGCUGCAACAGAGGAUGCUGUCAUUCAUCUGAUCGAGUGUGGACGGUAUCCCAAUCUCAAAGCUAUAUUUCUGGAAGAAAUCGAACACAAUGCGGACCAAGGACCGAGAACGAAGACAGUUUACUUCCGUAGAGCUAUCGAGGUGGGGAAAGAUCAUGGUGUGGAUGUGCAUACGCUGACUAACAGGAACGAGAUGAGGCAUAAGACCCGUUUCCCGGAGGCACCAGCGGACAAGUACAGCCUUAUUUCUGGACCGCAUAAAGGAGUUAGACCGGAUGUUGAUUGGAGGUUUGAUCCGUAUAUUGGGCGAAGGGUGCCGCUGGGUUGUGGCAAGUGUGGAGAAUGUGAGGGAUGUCUCGCGCAGUACAGCAAAGAAUUGUGGAAGAGUAUUGAGGGACUGUAG